UUGGGAGUUCGCCGGAAUUUCAUUUUUGAACCAGAUUUGCUUCUUUUUUUUUUGUUUGUUUGUUUGUUUUCCUGCGUUUUCCCUCUCUCCCUCUCUUUCUCUUCCGCUCUGCUUUUCUCGGCGGUCCAAACAGAAGAGGAAAGAAGGAAAGAAAGGUGGCGAUUGGCAAAUCAAAUGUGAUGGGAAGUGGUCUCUCCUCCCUCUUCCCCUGUCUCAAGCCGGCGGCCGCCAACCACCGGAGCCACCACGACCACCAGCCGGACCUGAUCUUCACCGCCGAGCAGCCCUUGGACGAAACCCUAGGACACUCCUUUUGCUACGUCCGAUCUUCCAACCGUUUCCUCUCCCCGACCCCUUCCGAUCGCUUCGUCUCUCCUUCCAGCUCCCUCCGCUUCUCCCCGACCCGAACCGGGCCCGAAUCCGCCGCUCCAGCUCCCGCUGCCGCAGCAGGCGGCGGGGCGACCGCGUUCAGGACCAUUUCCGGUGCCUCGGUCAGCGCCAACACUUCCACUCCCAGGACCGUGGUCCAGCUCGACGGAAUCUACGACGACGUCGCUGACGGCGGCGGCGGCGGGGUCAAGAACAGCAUCAGCAACAGUUGCAGUGGCGUAUUCAGCGCCAAUGCCUUCGAGAGCACGGCGUCUUUUGCUGCCGUGCCGCUGCAGCCGGUGCCACGUGGCGGGGAGGGGUUUUUCCAGUCCGGCCCGAUCGAGCGGGGCGCAUUGUCCGGCCCGCUUGACGCCAAUUCGGGCAUGGGGGAGAGCGCCGGCGGUGUGCACUUCUCGGCCCCUCUCGGCGGGAUGUAUGUGAAGAAGAGGAGGCGGAGGGCCAUCCCGAGGCUGAAGAAGGCCAUUUAUCGCAACCUAUCGGAGAAGAAGCUCCCGUGGGUGGUUCCCGUGUUGAAUUUCGUGAACCGGAGAGAGAAUUCCGCCGGUGGAGAAGAGGGAGAUAGCAAGUACGAGAACAGUGUACAGUGGGCUCUGGGGAAGGCCGGAGAAGAUCGAGUGCAUGUAGUUGUAUCGGAGGAGCAAGGAUGGUUGUUCGUUGGGAUAUACGAUGGGUUUAACGGCCCUGAUGCUCCUGAAUUCUUGAUGGGGAAUCUUUACCGAGCUGUGCAUCACGAGCUUCAAGGAUUGUUUUGGGAUGUUGAGGAGUCUGGAGACGCGCCGGCGGCUGCUGCUACUCAGUCCGAAUCGGGAAUUCCGGAGCAGAAUGAAUGCGGAACAAACCAAUCGACGGAGGAGACUGGUAAGGAUGGCAGUGUGGGUGUAAAUGGUAGUUGUGAAUCUAGUUUAGUAUCUCAUGGUCAAGAUAAUGUUGUUGCUAGGGCUAAUUGUAAUGAUCUAGAUUGUGAAACUGGAUCAAGCAAUCCAGCUCAAGCUAACUCAUCAACUGAAAUAUGUGUUGUAAAAGAGAGUGAUGAUAUGAAUGAUGGAAUUGAACAGACUUCGGUACAUCACCAAGAUAGAGUAAAGCGGGUUACAUUUCAAUCAGACGGCACCGAGAUUCCUUGUAGGAGAAAGUUGUGGGAGUUUCUUGCCAAUGAGGACUUGGAGGAUGGGCUUGAUCUUUCCGGGUCAGAAAGAUUUGCGUUCUCUGUUGAUGAUGCUAUCAGUGUAGGCAAUGCCGGAUCAGCAACGAGCAAUCGGUGGUUACUACUGUCAAAAUUAAAACAAGGGUUGUCAAAGCACAGAGAAAGAAAGUUGUUUCCUUGGAAAUUUGGGUUGGAGGGCAAGGAAGAAAAAGUGGAAGUGGAGAUAGCUAGAGUGGAGGAUAGGGUUUUGAAGAAGAUGCGAAAAGAAGGGCCAGUCGACCAUGACUUAGUUUUGAGGGCAUUGUCUCGGGCGUUAGAUGUGACGGAGCUAGCAUAUUUGGAUAUGACCGAUAAGGUGCUAGGUACAAAUCCAGAGUUGGCAUUGAUGGGGUCAUGUUUAUUGGUGGUUCUGAUGAGGGAUGAGGAUGUAUAUGUAAUGAAUGUUGGUGAUAGUCGGGCAAUUGUGGCACAGUAUGAGCCUCAAGAGGUUCUUUCAAAUGCGGGUGAUAAUGGGUCGAUCACUGAAGGUAUAGUUGAAGGUCCUGCUCAGGCAAUGAGCUUGACUGCAUUGCAGCUGUCCACCGACCACAGCACGAGUGUUGAAGAGGAAAUUCUAAGGAUCAAGAAUGAACAUCCAGAUGACAGCCAGUGCAUUGUCAAUGAUAGAGUGAAAGGUCGUCUUAAGGUUACCAGAGCAUUUGGAGCUGGAUUCCUGAAACAGCCAAAAUUGAAUGCUCCAUUGUUGGAAAUGUUUCGUAAUGAGUAUAUAGGCACUGCACCUUAUAUAUCCUGCAUACCUUCUCUUCGUCACCAUCAUCUCUGUCCAAGAGAUCAGUUCUUAGUUCUAUCAUCCGAUGGCCUAUAUCAAUAUCUCACAAAUCAGGAAGUGGUUUCUAUUGUUGAAAAUUUCAUGGAGAAGUUUCCAGAGGGUGAUCCUGCACAGAGCUUGAUAGAGGAACUUCUUUCCCGUGCAGCCAAGAAAGCGGGGAUGGAUUUUCACGAGCUUCUGGACAUCCCACAAGGAGAUCGACGGAAAUACCAUGACGACGUUACAGUCAUGGUGGUGUCCCUCGAAGGAAGAAUCUGGAAAUCAUCAGGAAAAUACCUUUAAUAACAGUCACAGCUCAAAAACCAGCAGCAGCAGCCUUGCAUAUACAACUUGGUGAAGAUCAAGGGAACAAUUUUUGAUUCUCAGCUGGUUGAGAAAUCAGAUUACAACUAGAGGUCGAGGUCGUCCAUCUAUCAUGGGCACAGAGAAUUCUUAUCUUUUGGGGGAGGUGGUGAUGUACAGUUAAAUGGGGUCGGGGGCCAAAGUGCUGAAUGAUAUGUUACCAAUGAAUAGAUGAGCUGUUGGUUCAAGAAAGAAAAGGGGGGGAAAACACAAAAAGAGAUGAGAGAAUCUGGUGAUUGAUGGGAGAGUUUGGAGAAGGGGGAGGUGGAGGAGAAAAAAAGUUUUGUUUGUUUUUGGUCAUGUCCAUUCUUGUUUUCUUUUAGCUCUUCUUUAUAGGAUAGGGAGACUUUUCUUUUGCCUUUUGGGGUUGCGAGGUAAUGGGAAGAAGGGGUUGUUCAGUAGGGCAAAAAUCUGUCUGUAAUUUGAAAUGGGGGGCUGGUAUAGAGAUGACUUUUGGAGCUUAUUUGCAGGUAAAGUUUGAGCUCUCUAUGACUUUGCAGCUAGGUUUUCCUCAUCAUGCCAUUUCCAAGGCAUUUUCUUUUGCAUUUUUGCUUGUUCCAUAGUGUCGUGUUUCGACUGAAUCGGCUAAGGGUUACUGUGAUGGAAAAGUAAGCAAGCUUUCAUACUUGAUAGUCAUUUUGCAGGUCAA